GCCUUCUUUCAUCAUUCUCUUUAUAUCAUUACUUCACUCAUUAUAUAUAUAUCUCUAUGAUUUCAUAGUCAUCUCGUUAUUACAUUCCUUUUCACACAAACAAAACAAAAACAAAAAAACAAAUUUCUCCCUCUUCUAAAUGGCUAGCAACGGUGAUUCAAUCUCAACCCUUCAUCCAGACAUCAUCCAAACCCAAAUCUUGACCCGACUCGACGGUCCAACGCUUACCUCCACCGCAUCAACAUCCUCUUAUCUCCAAUCUCUCUGCACAGAACAGAAGCUCUGGCAAGAACUCUCCACAGCUACGUGGCCUUCUAUCAACGAUCCACGUGUUGUUAAAGCCAUCUCCUCCUUCCCUUCUGGUUACCGCUCCUUCUUCGCUGACUCCUACCCGUUCAGUGAAUACACUUGGCCGUCGGAAAAAGACGAUCCACCGACCACUGGAUUAAUCUCAGCCGUUGACUUGUAUUACCAAGGAGACUUAAUCUACUCAAGGGUUCAAGAGAUGGAAACAGAGAGUGGUAAAGGUGGAUGGUUUUUGUCGACUCCGUUUCGGGUCGAUAUGCUCGGCCCGAAGGAGUCGAUAAAGACCCGGAUUCGAUAUCCGGGUGGGGACUACGAAGCGUGGGUGAGAGAUAUGGAGGAAGAUAUGAAGCUUAACUGGAUACUGAUCGAUCCGGUAAAGAAACGUGCGGCGAACAUAUCGAGCAGGGACGCAGUUUCGGCGAGCCGGAACUGGUUGACCGGAGAUUUAGAGGUUAGAUUUUCGACGGUGGUGAUGGGGAAGAGUGUGGCGGAGGUGGCGACGGUUGUGUCGUGUGGAUCGGCGGAGACGUGGAAAGAAGUGGACGAAGAAGUGGGAGGAGAAGUGGACGUGAGGGAGGUGAGGUUGCAAGUAGAGGACAUAGAAGGAAAGUGUUUGAAAGGGAGGGAAAGUGUGGGGAUAUUACAAGGGUUGUUGGAAGGUAAGAGAAGUUGUAAAGAUGGGUGUGGUGAAGAGAGAAGAGGUAAAGGAAGGUACGAGGGAUACGUGGAGUUGAAGACACAGUGGAGAAAGGAAAAAAAGAGGAGAGAAAAAACUCAAGACACGAUCUGUAUGAUUUUUGGGCUCUCUUUGUUUGUGCUUUUGUGGAGUUUUAUUUUGUUAAGGUAAAAAUGUUAAAAGGUGAAACACAAGAGUUAUGGUAAUACAAUACACACACGUCUUUCGUUAUCAAUGUUGUUUUUUCUUUGUAAUGAAUGAAAAUUCACUAAUUUCUUUGGAAGGGAUAUGUCCAAUUUGGAGACAUUUACAUGGCACACGUUCCAUAAGUGA